GCGGUGCGGCGGCGGGGGGCUGCCGGCGCAGCUCUUGGGGGGCCGGGCGACCCCGCCGGUGGGGUGGGGUGAGGGCUCCGCGGGGACUUGGCCGUAGCGGGAUCCUGGGAGAGGGGAAGGGGUACGGCGGGGACCCCAGCGCCGCAGAGCGGCAGCCUGCAGCGGGACCCCCAGGUUUAUAAUGGAACUUACAUCUUUGCCUAAAUUCCUUUGGACAAGUGACAACAAGCUUCUGCAUCACCAUUUUCCGGACAUAUUGGCUACUGUUCAUACCACACAAGACAUUCCUGAAGAAGUUGUUUUUGGACCAUGCAUGCUCCAGAACACCCUGCUGGACACUGUAGCUUUUAUUGCUCUCAAGUGUUCUGAUAGACGGAACAUCCACUAUGUAUUUAAGGUAGACGUUACGUCUGUGCACAGUCCCACAGGACUGCCUUGGAUGAGACUUGUACAAGCAGCUGCCAAUAGCAAGGAGCAGAACUUGGAAGCUUACUUAGAAAACAGCCAGUUAUAUUAUCGCUCCACCAGGAAAAUCAAUAAAAACGAGGAGUUGCUUGUCUGGUAUGAUGAUGAGCUUUCCAGCCUCUUGGGUUUCAAUGAGAUAAAACCUCAGAGUCCCCAGAAUGAGUUGAGAUGCCAAGAAUGCGACCGAGUCUUUAAAUGUGAGCAUUCCUACCUAUCCCAUGUCCGUUUCCUCUGUGUCCCAGAGAAGAGUGCCCUGCUGUGGAGGAACUUCCAGAACCCUAAGACUGAAAAGAGCAACUUAGCUGAGCAGACCACAAAUUUCCACAGUCUGGCAAGGGAUCUAGAAGUCAAAAUGGCAGCUUGUAAAGACGAUGCACAUGGUCUUGUUGGAGAAAGGAGAGCAAAAUCUGAAGAGGCUGAGAACAACAGGAGCAGGAAAACAGUGUUGUUGGAGAAAACCAAUAAUCUGACUGAGGAACGUAACUGUGGGGGCAAGGAAGAGGUUGGAGGAGAAAAUGCAUUGGCUGGUUCUUUCUGGAAGCUUAGUUCAGGGAGGCAGUCAGCUAGGAAGGAUGUUUUAGAGCAGAAGCAGAGUGCUUUCACUGAGGUCAGGAGGAUGAAGGAGAAGCUGAGGCAUGAGAAACUGAAGGAGCCAGAGCAGGAGGAUGGCACGGUCCCAGGUAGUAAAGAGCAGGUAUCAAAGGAAGUGUUGGUGAACUCCUCUGGUAGUGCGUUCUCCUUUGUUUGGCCCACCAGAGCUCGAGGAGAACAGAAGAGUGCUUUCAGCAAACCCAGUAAGCGUCUAACAGAAAGAGCUGCAAUAAAUUCUUCUAAUCCCAUGAGUGAGUCAGCAAAGAGCCUGGGGGAGCUGUCUGGCUUCAUUGCCACCACAGACAUCAUGUGCUGCAGCACUCUUCUCAAUUCCAAGUUCUUUGUCAGUGAUUUGUGUAAUGCUCAGAUGCUGCAGACAAGCAUCACUCGGAGCAAUGUUUUCCCAUAUACCUCAGAACCGUGGCCCAAACAAGCAGGAGGGCAGUUACAAAACACAACCACCACUUCUUCCUCCUCCUCCUCCUCUUCCUUGACUCUUCUUCCCCCCACCUUCACAUCCUUUGGAGUGGCUGCCCAGAACUGGUGUGCCAAAUGCAACCUGUCCUUUCGCAUGACAUCUGAUUUAGUCUUCCACAUGCGGUCACAUCACAAAAAAGAAUACUCCUCAACUGAAUCCCAGUGCAAGAGGAGACGAGAGGAGAAGCUAACAUGUCCCAUUUGUCAUGAGUACUUCCGAGAACGCCAUCAUUUAUCCCGACACAUGACUUCUCAUAAUUAGAGCUGUGCAGACAGAUGUCACCAAGGGACUGGGCAGGUUGUAUAAAGAAGGGAAUCAUUGUUCACUUAUAUACUUUUUGGGUUUACAUUAAUUUCUUGCAGGAAAUCACUGUUUACAAUAAUUUAUAAUAGAUGCUUUGCAAAAAAAUUAUAAAAUGUUUACAAGAAUAUGAGUGGCUUGUAAGUUUUGAAAACUCAACCUAGCCCUUGUCAACUUAUUUUUGAGGAAAUAAAAUAGUGAAAUGAAUGUGCAUGCAGUGUUACUUUGCAGAGUAGGGAACAAAAUUAUAGUUUUGCAGACACAGUUUUCUUUGCUUAUGUUUGAUUUGCUGGUGUCUGUGUAGUACAAUGUAAAUACAGAAGUAACAACCACCUAAUUGAAUGAGGAACCUUUGAGCACUAAAAAAAUCAGAGUUUAUAUGCUAAGAGAAAAGAAAUUAUUAUUUCUAGCAGUGUUGGUGGACUCUUACUCCUUUAUGUUAGCUGAAUCAGCUCUCUUACCAGAUUUGUGAGCUAAAGACUUAUAUCUCACUAUCUCCUUGACUUUGAAAGGAACCUGAAGUUAAGACUGUCUGAAAUCUGUGAUCGUCAACAACUGACCAGCAGACUGCCAAAGAGGAUGUGACUUAUAAAGCAGCAUAUCUGAGUUCUGUUCUAGGCUCUGCUGCUUUUGAAAUAUCUUUUACAAAGUCAAAUCAGCCUGAUCUGUAUUAUAAUGUGACCUGUUGUCAACAUUAUUGUGUAGACAGACAGGAAGCAAAAAUUCUACCCUGAGAUGUGCUUGCAAGGUCUGUGUGACUUUAGCAGGCAUACAGAUGUGAUGGGGGUAGAGUUUAGCCUGUGGUUUUCAGGUUUUGGAUAUACCAAAGGAAGCAACUAGGGUAUUUGAGUUACAAUUAACUACUGAUAGAUAGAAUCUGCACACUAAUGGUGGAUGAUAGGCUCUGUUUUGCUAACAGGUAGAAUAUGAAUGGCCUUCACAAAAUGACGCAGGUAUACAUGAAUUUUAUUGCAUUAGAUGAGCUUAUCUAUCCUCUGGUUUAUAUGUGGGCCAACUCCAGCUUUUUUAAAAAGAAAGUGCCAAAUUCUUUCUAUUGCCUCUCCAUGAGAUUUGAGCUUUGCUGAGUUUCAGAAGCAGAUGAGUUUUUACUGCCCUGGGUGGGAAGAAGCAUUGUCUAUUGUUACUGCAGCCCAGCUAAUUAGCCUUCAUUACUUUUUAAAUCCAUUUAGGGGCUUGCUCUUGAUAGCUUAUGACAAUGUGUUCCUGAAGCAAUAAUUUCUCUCUCUCGCAUAGAAUUUUUUCAGGUUGUCUGGUGUUUUUGUGGCCUGUCUCUGAGCCUCAUCUGGUUCAUCAAGGGCUAUUACUCGCUUCCAGACAAUGAUCAGAAACCACUCAUUUUCCAGCUAAGACUAAAGGACAUUGCAAUAUUCUCUUUAUGUUCCACCAUACUGAUGAUGUACUCCAGUGUUUGUCUGCUGCACACUGGACAGAAUUUUGAGUUCCCAUGACAAUGCCUAGUCUGAUAAUGCAAGUAUCAGCACAUAAACACAUCUGAGCAAUAAAAGAGAGCCUGAGAGUCUUAGGCUGUCAGUUGGAACCAACAUAUUACACUCAUUGUCACCUCUUGGGAGAUUUCUGUAAGUCAUGAGAUUGUAUUCCUCCCAAUGCAUUGCUUCUGAACAUUAAUACAUGGUUGUUUCCUGUUGAUGUAAACAUUUGACUUAUUGCAGGCCAACAUUUUUGCAACAUAAAGAGAUAAAAGUGUUAUAUUAUGCCUUUGAGUUGGAUUAUAACACAGCUUUCCAAGGUCAGUGGUGGAAUCUCUUUCACUGGAGUCAUUAAAAACCAAAACAAACAAAGACUUUGAAACAUGGAGCACAGGGAACAACCUUGCAUUGAGUGGGGGGGGACGAUGUGGUUUCCUCUUAAUCUUUCCAUCUCUACUUUGUGUCCAAUAACAUUUACUGUGUAAGGAAUGUAUUUAUGGCAAGGUUUAAUGGACCAAAUUUCACUCCAUCUGGUUUUACCUGAGUGCCAGCCACUUUACUGUGAAGUCAGUGUCCAUAAAGUGUAAUGAAGGACUCCAUGGUGUAACUGCAUUCAUCUGUGGUCAGGGCUAUAUUUCCCAUUAGUAGUUUAGGCCAGAUUGUGAUCUCAUUUAUUCCAGUGUAAAUCCAGAAUAAGUCCAUGUUGCUACUUCUGAUUUACAUUAAUUAUUUAAGAUCAGACCAGUCCAGUAUAAAUAAGACUAAAGAUUUUUUGGUACCAUUGCUGCAAAAUGUUCUCCUCUGUACUUACUGAAAGAUGCCAUGUUUUCUUAACAGUUUAAUAGUUAGAAACCUAGCUUCAGAUUUCGUCUGGAAAAAGAUGGGUCCAGCUGUAUAGUGCUCCCCAGUAUUAUUUUGGCACAUCACUUCAAUAUUACCCUGCUCCAAGGGCCUGUUUUUCCAGUGUAUUACACCUGGUGUACUAUUUACAUCAGAAUGAAGCACUACCAAAUCUAACUGGUUACAUGAUUUCACUGAUUUUGCGUUGGUACAGCUGAUCUGGAGAAAGUGUGGAAAAUCAACCACUGAUAAACAGCUGCUAAAUCUCAAAACCUUCUGAUGGUGUGUUAGACCUACCUCCUUAGAGUGCUCAACAGUAAUCAAACUUCUUCACUCUGCUUAUGGUAUGAAGCUUAAGCAAGCAGCAAGGUUACGGGGAGAGAUAUAGCUUUCCUUUAUGUCACUGAUUUGUUUUCUCUAGGAAAAAAAAAGUGUAAGAACUCUUUUCAGUGUCCUUGUGGGCGUAUCUCAACCACAGCAACUUACAUACUGUGAUGACAAGCAAUCUAUGAAUGCCUUCUGUGCACAGAAAGGCAAGGGAACCAGUUAUGAAAAGUGGCAGAGCUGAUUCAAAAGGUAAAAAUGAAGAGGAGAGGUUUUUAAUCAGCUUUAUUUCUGGUACUUUGCUCACCUCCUCCAGUGGCAGCAGCAGUGCAGUUUGGUCCUGGCAUGUAAAGAUUGAGGAUUUUCCUCUUGUAACAUGGGAAUCACACUGUAGGCAACUGUGUGCAAUAUUACCCUUGUUCCUUUGGAGGUGGCCAUUGGCAUAAAAAUUGAGUGAACAGAUUGCUUCUUAUUCUGGGCAGAAGUGCUUUGUGGACUAAGACUUAUUUACACACAACCAACCAAUAUGACAUCUUGUUGCCUGCUGCAUCUGUGCUGAUAUCAGGGCAAACCCACAUAGAUGCCAACAGAAGCAGAACUUGCUAUGUGUUAAAUGAGCUCGUGUGUAAAGCUCCUUGUGCAGGCAUGGUGAAUGUCUUUUAUGUGUCUCAAGUUUAACUGAGUGUCUCAUCUAAGCUGGGUUAAAUAAACCAGGGGGCUUGUCCAAAAUUUUUGCAGAUUUUAUGUCUUUAAAUGAAAAUAUUCAUAUUAAAGCUGAGUGAACCAAGUAUUGCACAGGCAGAGGGAAGCCUAACGAGACAAAGAAAAACAAACUUCCUAUAAUUGAGUCAUGCUGGAAGCUUAUUUCCCCUUAUGUCUAGAAGUCUGAAAAUUUAAAUUGGUGCAGAUGAAAUCCUGCUGGAAGGAAAGGACUCCACUAGAGCAGGCGGUUUGUGAAGAAAUGAAGGGACUUAAGGAAUUCAUGAAGGGCUGCAUUCUAUCCCAGUGAAAUACUGUGAUUUUACAGCAGAGAUCUCUGUCUUUUCUACAAGUAGAAAUGCUAGGGAAAAAAAAAAGGAUUUUGUUUUUAAAACAGGAGGAGACAAGCUGACUGUUUCUUUUCCUGUCUUUGCUAGCAACUGCCUGUUCAUUUUGAUCAAACCACUGUUUCUCAUGACAUCUGUUUCUGGAUCAGUGAAAAAGGACACAACACAGUGUUGUCAAGCUUAGCUGUGCAGAGUGUUUUUCUGCAGUGGGUAGUGAAUUUGCCAAUAGGAAAUGCCACAUUAGGAUAUUUGUUCACUUAUCGAUCAUUGAUCCUCAAACUUCUUCCAAUGAAGAUGUGUUUCUCCAUCAAAAUGGCACUCAGAUACGCCUUUGAAAAAUACAUAUUUACUUGCUUUUUAGGGGGUAAUUUUUCACUAAUCAGUGCAGUCUGUGGGCUCCCUUUGGUCUACAGAGCACAGUUCAGAAAUCACUGGACUAAGGCAACCCCAAAAAAAAAAAAAAAGGAAAAGCUGGCUGUCAUUCUUUGGUUAAAGUUCUAUGAAUGCUAAAAGGAGAAAGAUGAUACUGCUAGGUGGUCUGAUACACCAGCUCCUUUCUUCCUGCCUUUAAAAGGAACAUGAUUAGGAUUAAAAUUCAGGAAGUUAUUCUAGGUUGGAUGGUAAGGAAAUGGUGCUAUAAACUGUUGAAUGCCCAUGUCAGCUCUUGAACUAGAUGAGAGAAAAGUGGCAGGUUCAGCAUGUUUCCUGUUCUGUUGUGGAAGGGCACUUACCAAAUUGCUUGUCCCUCCCUAAAAACCUUCCGUCUAACUUUCUCAUUUAAGCCACAAAUGAUGGAUUUUCCAUACUAAUUUUCACUUGUAGUUUUGUGAUACUCAAAUAUUUCAAUGCAGUGUAAUUUUCUACACAAUUACUGUCUGUAGUUUUGUGAGGUCUAAGUUCAUUGAGAUGGGAAUAACUAUGACGUAGCACUUUGUGAAGACAGGAAAAAAUGGUUUUUUACACACUGACCUUUGUUAAGCCUGGCAGUUUCAAUAUUAAUUAGCCAGUAUAUGACCUAUGAAAUAAUAAAUAAUAUUUUGUCAAGUAAUAAAAUUUCUCAAGGUUGCACAUUAA